AUGAAUGAGAAUAAAUCUUUACAUGCCAAAAGAUAGUCAGCAUUAUCAUUAUUGAAUCCUCCAUAAACUACUGCUUUGUCUUGGUGCAUUGUUACUUCAAUUGGAGAUGAACUAGCUAGCAAAUCUCCUUCCUUGAAGUUAGAGGUUGCAAGUCUUACCAAGAUAAUGACAGCUUAUACGGCGAUACAAUUAUCCGAUAUAAUCUAAUUUUAGAAUGAAACCUUUAUUCGUAUUCCUAGAAUUGCCACAUAGAUAGGAGGGACAUCGGCCUUUUUAAGAAGGGAUGACACAUUGUCUUUAGAAGAAUUGUUAUAUGCACUCAUGUUACCCUCAGGAAAUGAUGCUGCGAUAUCUAUUGCACUGCAUUUUGGAUCGAUACUAAAUACUCAUCGAAGAUAAAAGAUUGCCAGUUACAUCACAUGUGACACUAUCUAAGGGUUCUAUGAUGAUACUCAAAUGAGUAACAUGAAUAGAUUUGUAAGAUAAAUGAACGAGAAUGCAAUGAAAUUAGGCAUGAGAGAUUCUUAAUUUUCAAAUCCACAUGGUCUCAGUUCAAAAGCUAAUAAAUCAACAGCAUUAGACAUGUGUAGAAUGAGUUCAGCUUAUAUGAAGAUUCCCAUUUUAAAACAAAUUUGCAAUAGCAAAUCCUAUUCUUGUAGAAAUUAUGAGUGGUUUAAUACUAAUUAAUUGUUGCAUUUUGAAAAUUAUUCAGGAAUUAAAACAGGAAUAACACCUAAUGCUGGUGCUUGUCUUGCUGUCUCUUAUGAGAGUUUGUUGGGAUCUAUAAUAGUAGUCUUGAUAGGAGCAAAGGAUUAAAAAAGGCGAUUUGAAGAAACUGACAAACUCAUUAACUGGGUAUCCAGAGAAUAUACAUUGUAUUUUAAUAAAACCAUGUAUGCUCCUCCUCGGACUGCCCAAAGCAAAGGCAGAUCAUUUAUUAUAAAAAAACAAGUAUGA